AUGGGAUUCAUCGGCUUCCUCUUGAUUUUAGCCACUGCUGUUGCUGUGCAAGUAGCGGGCGGCGAGGAGCACCUGGAGCUGCAAGAAUGCUCUCCUUCCGCAAUAACCCAACUGCUGCCCAUGGUGCAUCCGCCGGUGCCUGAGACAUCUGUCACCCUGGUACGAGAGCUCAUGGACCCCAUCUCGCUGCAAGUCUUCGCCGAGACGUUUUGGGAAAGAAAACCCAUGGGGAAGAAAAAAGGGCGGAGGGUCGCAACAACAGCAGCAACAGCGAAAAAGCUUAAGCAGCUGACGCCUAAACCGCCAGCAACGCCGCGUCCCGACGCUGCUGCCACCACGAACUACGGCUCGGCUAAGCCCCAAGAGGGACAACCGAAUCCUGCCCAAGCUGGGGAAUCCGCCGGUGCGGCUGCGAGCGUAGCACCCUCGCAGAGCAGUCACCAUCGCGGAUAUUUCCACGCCCUGGUCGGUGACGAUCGCGACAGCGACAACAACAGCAGCGCUCGCGACGGCGCCAAGGCUGGUACCCAAACCCUCGACACCGACCCAUCCCCUGACGACGACGAUGACGAUGACGACAACGCCGACGACGACCUUGCACACGACAUCCUGCAGAACCGCGCCGACGCCGCCAGUCAGCAGAGUGCACCGCUCCUGGCAAGCGGCGGGCCGCUGGAGGCCGUUCUCGUCAGCGCGGUCUCAAAGGCAGUGGAGGCGGCGAAGGCCCCGCCGGCAUGGGUCCUUAGCAUGCUUAUGCCGGGAGCCGCUCACCAGGAAGACAUCCAAAAGCUCCAAAGUACUGCGGACGACAACAAGGACCGCAUCACUGCCAUUGGAAACUAUAUUUCAGGGCAGGAAGCGUUUGUGUCCAGUGGUGGAGCAUACGGCGCGCAACGCGGUGGGCGUGCUCAGCGGGGGACCGACAAACGUGAUAAUAAAGAUAAUUCCAAAUCCCAGGGUCCUCCCGCGCGGGCGAAGGCGAAAGUAUCCUUCGCUGGUACUGCCAAGCCCGACACCGCGAAACAUAAGAAGGAAUGUGACUUUAUUGGUUGUCGUUUCAGUAGCAUUCGCCUUAUGCACACUCGCGCGGAGUGCAAAAACGAACAAGCCGCUAAAAAUGAGGGGUACACGUUUACGAAGAACUAGGGUCGCCCGAGUAGGCAGCAUCCCUCGGCCAACGUGGGACACCAAUCAUUUGGUUUUGUCAAACUAGUACGUACAAACUGGGAUAGACUGCAAAACACGAGCAAGCAGAAGAGAGCCAGAGGAUUCAAAACCCUGUAACAAUGGUGUACGAUCUCUGGUGGGAACAACAAGAAAAGCAGUCAAAGAGCAGCGCUGUAGAAAGAUAGUUGGAGUACAUGUACCAUGGGAACAUUCUCGCGAAGGUUGUAGCAGCAAGCAAACGCGAGGAGUCCCGAAGUCAAGUACCCGCACAAUUGAUGCAGUAGCCGCUGUAGAUCCAGCACUAGGGGAUAGCACCCAAGUAAGGCAAAGUAGCCGCCUUUUUAGCGCCGCAAGCCUUGCACGUAGCUACCGUAGCUGGGGACUUCAGGUUGAAACAUAGGUCUAACCUAAUGAGAACUGACCGUAAUGAAGAAUUCAUGCUUUUUACAUGUCUGCACUCGCUGGAUAUCCCGUGUGUCCAUCGGUAUUGCGAUCGACAUCCAAGCGAGUACGUGUACCCGCCAGAAUAAGCAAUGAAUCGGUUGAUGAA